CACGCUAAGCUCUCAAACCACAAAAACCAAGUAACUGAUUUUCUUUUUCACGGGAUUUCCCUCCAAAAAUCCACUUUUACUAGACAAAAAAGCAUUGGUUCCCAUUUCAUCUACCAAACAACCACCACCUAAACAACCUAUUAUACACACGGACCAAGAUGCAAUAUAAGACUUCAAUCCAACAGCAUACCAAGUUCUACAACUGGGUUCAUUUUACCUUCAACUUUAGAAGAAAGCAAAAACAAAAAUGGACAAAAAACAAUCUUCUCCAAGACUUCUUGACAGUCAUUUUGUUGACAUUCAUGAAGUCUUACCAGAAGAAGAAGAAGAAGAAGGUUGUAGUACUAGAAUGGCUGAUAAAGCCGAGAAACGCUUCAACAGACCGAUUAAAGGUCGAGAAAUGAAGAGAAACCAUAGGAGUUUCAGCAGGCAAGUUUCUCUAGAGACUGGUUUUUCUGUGCUUAACAGAGAAUCAAAAGCUAAAGAUGAGAGGAGGUCACUACCAAGAAGUGGAAGAAGUUUUGGAGGUUUUGAUUCUGCAAACAGGAUUGGUAUAGAUGGAAGGAAAGAAGAUCACUUUAGCAUGUUCAAGACUAAAUCAACUCUCACUAAGCAGAACUCCUUGUUACCACAUAAAAAGGAAAGAGAGAUGGAGUCUCAGAGGACUGAGGGGUCUAUCGGGGGUGAUGAGUCUGUUAAUAGAAGUGUUCCUGCUGGGAGAUACUUUGCUGCCCUUAGAGGACCUGAGCUUGAUCAAGUCAAGGAUUAUGAAGAUAUUCUCCUGCCCAAAGAUGAGAAAUGGCCCUUUCUCCUCAGGUUUCCAAUUGGGUGCUUUGGUAUUUGUCUAGGUCUAAGCAGCCAAGCAGUGUUGUGGCGUUGCCUGGCAACAAGCCCCGCCACAAAAUUUCUCCAUAUUAGCCCCUUUAUAAACCUUGCCCUCUGGAUUUUAGCUCUUGCAGUUCUGUUUUCUGUCUCCUUCACCUACAUUCUCAAAUGCAUUUUCUACUUUGAAGCUGUUAAAAGAGAAUAUUUCCACCCUGUUCGGGUCAACUUCUUCUUCGCCCCAUGGGUUGUCUGCAUGUUCUUAGCCAUUGGCGUACCACCAAUGUUUGCCCCUCAAACCCUUCACCCUGCCCUUUGGUGCACCUUCAUGGGUCCCUAUUUCCUUCUCGAGUUGAAGAUCUAUGGCCAGUGGCUUUCCGGCGGGAAGAGACGUCUUUGUAAGGUGGCUAAUCCAUCUUCUCAUCUAUCAGUGGUUGGAAAUUUUGUUGGGGCAAUUUUAGCUUCCAAAGUGGGAUGGCAAGAGGCCGCCAAGUUCUUAUGGGCAGUAGGAUUCGCGCAUUAUCUUGUGUUAUUUGUUACUUUGUAUCAGAGAUUGCCUACGAGCGAAGCGUUGCCCAAGGAGUUACACCCUGUGUACUCCAUGUUUAUUGCAGCCCCAUCAGCAGCAAGCAUUGCUUGGGAAACAAUUUAUGGAGAGUUCGAUGGGUGUUCGAGGACUUGCUAUUUCAUUGCUCUGUUUCUCUAUGUUUCACUGGUUGUAAGGAUUAACUUCUUCACAGGGUUUAGAUUUUCGGUGGCAUGGUGGUCUUACACCUUCCCCAUGACAACUGCCUCAGUGGCUACCAUCAAGUAUGCUGAACAUGUCCCUUCAUUUCUAAGCAAGGGCCUAGCACUUACUCUUUCAUUCAUGUCAUCAACAAUGGUGUUCGUAUUGUUCGUGUCAACUCUUCUCCAUGCCUUUGUUUGGCACACAUUGUUUCCAAACGAUCUGGCCAUCGCCAUAACAAAGAAAAGACUUGUCAAGGAUAAGAAACCCUUCAAAAGAGCCUAUGAUAUUAAACGUUGGACGAAGACAGCUCUAACAAAGCACGGCUCAGCAAACAAGGAUUUUGAGGAAGACAAAGAAGAAGGCUAUUGACUCCAUACAAUCAAAAACAAAUAAUUUUGCUGUGUUUGGACUAUGAUAAGUCCAGUAGCUUUUGAACUUAAGUAUGAACACUUUAUGAUAGUACCACUGCACUAUAUGAUAGAACAAAAGAAAUUCAAGCACUUCGUUCCAUGUUGGUUUUUAAAAAUUAUAUGCAGGAACCAAGUUGAUGUAGCAACAACAAGAAAGACUGAACAAGUUCCACGGCAUGUAUUAUAACAAAGUGGAACAUACUGUUUGCAUAUGUAUAUUCCUCAACUUCUGAAUCAUUACAUGUAUUAGUGGCUGACUGAA